GAGAUUCGACACUGCUUCUACCUUAUUCAUUUAACGUUGAAAAUAUAUAUUUAGAAGAUGAAAACUUUAUAUUUAUUCGACAAAUAACAAAAGGUUUGUCCGUCAAAACAGAGAUGUUUUAGUCAGAGUCCUCGGCUAAGACUCCUCUCCCCCUCUUCGCAGCGAGAUGGUACAUCCCAAGCUUAUCACCCGGCAAUCAAUCAACACUAGAGAAACAACCUCCUCACAGCAUCUUACUCACAAACAUGGGCUCACUCCGUUUGUGCAAUACAAGUCGCUUUUUGGAAAGUAAAUAAUUAACUUUCUGCCAGCUCUAGACGAUAUCGGAAGGUGCUUUAAACAGAAUGUGAACGUCUAAACUUUUACGAAGUUGCGCUGCGAGUCCAGGCAAACAGCAGCGUGCCACACAAAGAACAGAGAUGAACCGCUGCGAGUCAGACACAGCCUCCCAUACGACUUUAUCCAGUCAAGAGGUGGACUCAUGAAUUGGAAGGGGGUUCGACUCUUCUUCUUUCGGGUUCUGUUGCUCGGUGUUGCUUGGACGGUUGACACUCUGAUCGUGUGCGAUUAUGUCUGAUCCAAGUUCCUGGAGCGCGUUGCCUGGCAGCAGCAAAGCUCAUUUUGUUAGGGGCGCGAUGCUCAAGCGAUCCAAAAGCUGUCGCAGCAGUAAUAGAAAGAGCCUUGGUGUUGGAACGCCAUCGCCCACCCGCCCUCUUUCGCCUCUGUCCGCCCACACAGCUGCCAGCAGCCCUCUGGACAGCCCACGAAAUGUGUCCACUGCUGUUUGCUCUCUCAACUUCCCUUUCGCCCGCAGCCACCUGGCUCGAGCUGACAGAGCGGAAGGGAGACGGUGGUCUCUGGCUUCGCUUCCAUCCUCAGGUUACGGGACCAACCCUCCCAGCUCAACCGUCUCAUCAUCUUCCUCAUCUCAAGAACGACUGCACCAGCUUCCAUACCAACCCACACAGGACGAGCUUCAUUUCCUGUUCAAACACUUCAGAAGUUCGGAGAGCAUGACUGAUGAAGAUGGGCGGCCCUCCCCGUUUAUACGACCCCGGUCACGUAGCCUUAGCCCUGGACGAACUGGUGGCUCCUUUGAUAAUGAAAUCAUAAUGAUGAACCAUGUCUAUAAGGAGCGUUUUCCAAAGGCUACCGCUCAGAUGGAGGACCGUUUGCUGGAUGUCAUCAGGCAGUUUUCCCCAGACAGCACCCUACCGCUGGGAGACGGAGUCCUGGGAUUUAUCCAGCACCAGUUGGUGGAGUUGGCCAGGGACUGUCUGGAUAAAUCCCAGAAGGGCCUGAUCACAUCUCUGUACUUCAUAGAGUUGCAGGAUAAAUUGGACAAAAUGCUGCAUGAGGCUCUGGAGCGCUCUGAGAGCGAGGAGGUUUCAGUAAUCACUCAGCUGGUUAAGAAGAUCCUCAUCAUCAUCUCACGCCCUGCACGUCUGCUGGAGUGUCUGGAGUUUGACCCUGAGGAGUUCUACCAUUUACUAGAGGCUGCAGAAGGUCACGCCAAAGUCGGCCAGGGCAUCAAAACAGAUAUUCCCCGAUAUAUAAUCAACCAACUUGGGCUCAACCGAGAUCCUCUUGAUGAAGUUGUGCAGCUAGAGGAGCAGUACGACUCUGGCCCCACACUGACAGUUGAUUCUGAAGAAACUGCAGAGCAAAAUAAAUCUUCACCCACACCACUACGAAGAAAACCGCUGGAGAGUGAUUUUGAGACCUUAAAACUCAUCAGUAAUGGGGCUUAUGGGGCUGUGUAUCUGGUAAGGCAUAAAGAAACUCGCCAACGAUUUGCAAUGAAAAAGAUCAACCGACAAAACCUGAUUCUGCGAAACCAGAUCCAGCAGGUGUUUGUGGAGCGAGACAUCCUGACAUUUGCAGAGAAUCCCUUUGUGGUCAGCAUGUUCUGCUCCUUCGAGACCCGCAGACAUCUGUGCAUGGUCAUGGAGUAUGUGGAAGGUGGUGACUGUGCCACUCUGCUAAAGAACAUGGGCCCACUUCCUGUAGACAUGACCAGGAUGUACUUCGCGGAGACUGUUUUGGCACUGGAGUACCUCCACAGUUACGGCAUUGUGCACAGAGAUCUCAAACCAGACAACCUCUUGAUUACUUCAAUGGGGCAUAUUAAACUCACUGACUUCGGGCUCUCCAAAAUCGGCCUUAUGAACAUGACAACCAAUCUGUAUGAGGGCCACAUUGAGAAAGACACCAGGGAGUUUAUUGACAAGCAGGUUUGUGGCACUCCAGAGUACAUUGCUCCAGAAGUGAUCCUGCGGCAGGGCUACGGGAAACCUGUUGACUGGUGGGCCAUGGGCAUCAUCCUGUAUGAAUUUCUGGUGGGAUGUGUUCCGUUCUUUGGAGACACACCGGAAGAGCUUUUUGGCCAGGUUGUCAGUGAUGAGAUUAUCUGGCCAGAUGGAGAUGAUGCCCUUCCUGUGGACGCCCAGGACAUGAUCACAAGAUUACUGAAUCAAAGCCCAAUGGAGAGGCUUGGAACAGGUGGGGCUCCAGAAGUAAAGCAGCAUUUGUUCUUCAGUGGUCUGGACUGGAACGGACUCCUGCGUCAGAAAGCUGAAUUCAUCCCUCAGCUGGAGGCCGAAGACGACACUAGUUAUUUUGACACACGAUCUGAACGCUACCAUCAUUUGGCAUCCGAUGAAGAUGAAGAAACCAAUGAUGAAGAGUCUUCCCUAGAGAUACGACGGUUUUCUUCUUGGUCAAAUCGUUUCAGCAAGGUGUACAGCAGCACAGAGCACCUGGCCACCCCAUCCCUGAGCUUCUCCUCCGACCGCAGUCACAGUGAGGAGAUAGAGGACCGGGCAGACGGGAGAGACACUCACUCACCUGGAGAGAUCCAACGGCAAGCCUCCACUGGAGACAAGAGGCUCUCGGCUCAGAGGGCAAGCCUGCGCCCUCGAACUUCAUCCAGCUCCUCUCAGCCUGAGCGUGCUGUGAGCCCCCUAGUGGUGAGCAGCACACACAGCCUAGAGGCCAUGCCACGAUUCGCCCUGUCCACGGAUGAUGAGGCUGAAGUUGUUGUUUCCAACCUGCGACGAAUCAGACUUCGUAGCAACAGCACAGGAACGAAACACUCGUCGCCAAGGGAACAAGGGACUCCUCAGUGCUUUGGAAACCAGCUGGAGACGCCUGACAGGCAGAGACUCUCACCAGGACGCAAAGUCCCCAAGUCUGCAUCAGUGUCCACCCUCUCGCUCAUCAUCACGCCAGAUGACGGGAGUGGCAGCCUGCAGGCGCGCUCCAUUUCCCCUCGAUCGUUUUCCUCUAAUCCGUCAUCCCGAGACUCCUCCCCCAACCGAGACCUGUCACUCAGCAUCAGCAGGCUCCGCCCCCCAAUCAUCAUCCACAGCUCUGGGAAGAAAUACGGCUUCACCCUGCAGACCAUUCGUGUUUACAUGGGGACCAGUGACAUCUACACCAUAAACCACAUGGUCUCGGGUGUGGAGGAGAGCAGCCCUGCCCAUGAGGCUGGACUGCGAGCAGGUGAUCUGAUCACUCAUGUGAAUGGAGAGUCUGUGCAGGGUCUAGUGCACACAGAGAUGAUGGAGCUUCUCUUGAAGAGCGGUAACCAGGUGGCCCUGCAGACUAUUGCACUGGAGGACACGUCUAUAAAGAUUGGGCCGGCACGCAAGAGCAGCUGUAAAGGAAAGAUGGCCCGCCGCAGUAAGAGGAGCAAAUGGAAGGACAGUCAAGACCGGAGGCGCAGCAUGCUGAAGAAGCUGUCCAAACAGAGCACCGUCAUGCACAGCAGCCGCAGUUUCUCCUCCGGCCUGCAUCACUCCGUGUCCUCCAGCGAGAGUCUGCCAGGCUCUCCCACCCACAGCCUUUCCUCCGGACCCACAACACCCUGCCGGAGUCCCAUUCCCGACCACACCACUGAUGCCAGCCUGCCCCAGAACGCCUCUCCAUGCUCCAGCUCUCCCAGUUCACCGGCGGUCCAGAUGCGGCCCAGCUCGCUGCACGGCCUUGGGUCUAAACUUAGCAACCAACGCUACACUAAAGUGGGGAGACGGAAGUCCACCAGCAGUAUCCCACCAUCACCUCUGGCCUGCACCUCCUCACCACAGGCCCUAUCCCCCCAGCGUUCCCCCUCCCCUUUACCCAGCAUCUCCAAAACCCUCCACUCCUUUCACGGCAAGACCCUCUCACCUCCCACUAUCAUUCGGCAUGUGGUCAGACCCCGGAGUGCAGAACCUCCACGUUCCCCUCUGCUGAAGAGAGUCCAGUCUGCGGAGAAACUCUCAGGGGCCUUAUUUGCUGACAAAAAGCCCCACGCACCCCGCAGACACACGUUGGAAGUCCCCCACUGCGAGGUGGAUAUACUGGGGGACACCGAGGCAGAGGAUUCAACAUGCAACAUAUAUGCAACAUAUUCGACGGAUCACAGCAGGCUGGGUGGGUACUUGUGCUCCCAGAGAUUGAGGGACUGGCCAGGUGACCGUAUGGAACAGAUCGUUGUAAUGCGCAAGCUGAAUCUCUCCGAACGCCGAGAUUCUUUCAAGAAGCAGGAAGCCGUUCAGGAAGUGAGCUUUGACGAACCGGAUGAGAGGGCUCCCCAGAUUCCCGCUCAGUCGGCCACGUCCGCUGGCGUGUGGCCCAAGCAGAUGAUGGGCGAAACGCAGUCGGAGGAGGAGUGCAUGGCGAGGAGGAAUCCGCUGGUCCCCCAAAUCGCCGUGCAAGGAUCGGAGAGCGAGGAAGCGGAUGACUGGAGGCUUUGUUCGGAUGAGGACGAGGAAGAGGCUGAGGAAAAUUUGUCACAUACUCCGAGUCAAGCUGAACAUCUGGCUGACUGUGCUGCCAAAGAUGUCCCACGCUCCUCAGCAGCUACGCAUGAAGUUGGAGGGACAACUGCAGAUGCAGCAAAGCCAGAUAAGCAUCAGAGUCCAGAAAAAAGCAAGUUGAAAGAGAGAUAAACGAGUGAAGGACUGUUACAGCACGUCAUCAUCCCCGCGGGCUUCUCGCCGCACCCACUGAGAUGUUUGUUGCCACGCAGUUCAAACAAUUACAAUUAGUGGAGUAUUUUAUUAGUGUGUAAAUGGAAGUAAGCUAUUCUUAUGCAGGGAAUGUUUAUGCUUUUUUAUUUAAAAUGUACACUGGAAACGUGCUGUUGGCCAAAAAGAAAAAACGUCAAGGUUGCUAGUACAUUUUUUUUCACCUUCUGUGAACGGGUUGAAGAGGGGAUUUGAAUGACUUGAUUUUCUAUGAAAAUGUGCAAAAGCUUCGAAUCCAUUUCAUCCUCCAAGAGCUUUUCAUUUUUGCAGCGACGUUGUGUGUGAUUUUAAAAGCUGCGAGUUCAAAUGAUAUUUGAAUGGAAUUGUCAUGUGGCCCUUUUCAUGUAUUAUUCCGCAAUCUCAAAGGGUUUCCAGAGUGUUUGAAAUGAUCCAUGCGAAAGAAAAAAGGACUGUUUGUGUCGACCAUUUGGGCUUCAACUGUGGGAACCCCACAAGUUACUUGAAAUGUAGUUACAUGUUGGUCAAGGUGUCAAAAAAACAAUAUAAUUUGUUUAUUUUAAGCAUCAAACCAAAUAGAUCAGUUUUACACCUGGUUUUAUUUGACCGUUUUGUAAAGAUGAAUUUAGAUUUAGAAUAUUUUAAAUGAAAUUCCUUUUCUGAUACUCUGUGUUUCAUUAAAUUCAGAUCAAUUUAAUUCUUGAAUUUAUAAAGUUUGUUCUUUACCUAAACAUCUAAAAACCAAACACGAUCCUUUUCUGGGUUAAAUUUUAAGGUAAAAUUUUCAUGUAUAUUUUCACAGAGUUCCCACAAUGUCUUUUCUUUUUACUUAAAUAUUCUUCCUGUACUUUUCUUUUUCACCCAGCUUUGUUCAGUUUACCUAAAACAUCUCAAAUUUUCACAGGUGCUAAGAUGAACGGGCUCACGGACACCUGAAAUAUUCAAUAGAAAUAGUUAAGCAUGCAGUCGCACACCUCACACUAGCCGGAACUCAUUAGCUUGUGCACUUACACAAGAAAUCACUGCAUAACAAACCACAUCAUCAUGAGUUUUUGGACCGUUGGCCUGUCGCGAGUGCUCACAAGCUUUUGUACUUGGAAUAAUGUUUACAUUUUUUAUAUAUAUGGAUUUCUACUGUGCGAAGGUAACUUAAUUACAAAUGUGUGCAGAACUGGAGUCAGUGGGUGGAGGCUUUAGCUAGAUUGUUGUUUUAAACUUCAGUGUGAUGUCAUUGUUCAUAGACAGAUCUCUCUUAACACUGCACAUAUCAGACUGGAUGUUUUUGUUUAUAUGCAUGACUCUCUUCCAAAACACUUUUUUUUUUACUUUAAUAUGUUGUUAUUUGGAUCUAAUAUGCCAGUAUUUUUAUUGCAUAUAAACUGCAUGAGAAGAGUCAAUUGGAUGCUGUCAGUCAGUCAGGACUUCAUUUAUAUUGGGCCUUCAGAAGAUCAGCACAUGCUUGACAGAUUCAAGAAAACAUUUCUGUUGUAUUUUUGAGGUUUGUUAAUUGUGACACCUCCGUGUAACUUUAUGCAUCAGGCUACCUUAGGCGUAAACACUCUUGUGUGACACAAAUUGGUGUAAAUUUCGAUAGGCUGUAUUUUCUGCCUGUCAGCCGACCGUUUGCAUGCUGCAUGUUAAGUAAAUACACUGUACACUUUGGCAUGGCAAAUUGAGUGCAAUAUGUUUAAUGGUCAAGUAUAACCAAGCCUUUGAAUUACAGUAAUGUUAUUAAAAGCUUAAUGUUAUGCAGGCCCAGUUGUGACAUUUUAUCCCUCUGUAAUCACAGACUUUAGUGGAUGAAGUGUUUGUCGUGUGGAUGUCAAACCCACUCUUAAACAUGUUCAGAUGAGACGGGGUCAGUAUCUACUGUCCACUGCUGUUGCAUUCACACUAAUGACUCACAGCACUGAAAAUCCAUCAUCUAUAUAACUUGCUGUGCUGAUGGUUUCUUCCAUUUUUCCAGAAUUGUCAGGACUUCUUGAUAAUUGGUAUGUUUGUAUUAAAAAAAAAAACUUUUUAUAGAUAUUUUUUAAUGUUAACUGUUUGUCUGAUGAUGUUUUGUAAUAAAUCAUUCACUGGUUAA